CUGCAGGCGCGCGCCUCACCAGCCUUCUGCUGUCCGCUGCACCUCGCUCGUUGCCGCGUGCGCAUGCGCGAUUAACAGUCACUCCUCCGCAGCCUGAGCGCUAUUGGCCUGGGGAAACCCAGGGAACAAGUGGCUGAGUCGGACACCUGAGCUACCAGUCCCGAAAACCAGCCGGCAGGACAGGUGUGUGAGCACCCGGCCACCUUCCUGCUUCCCUUUGCCCUCGGGCUGGGGUCCUUGCCGCUUCUCCCAAGGUGGGCGUUCCUGGGCCGUACCCCUCUCUCCUACGACUGCAAAGGCUGCACAGAUAGUCAGUAUGUAUUUCCCAAGCUUUGGACUAUGUUUGGGUCUUUUAUUCAUCUCGAGCAAUACAAAAUUUAUGAAUGAUGGUGCUGAGGUAGAAGACUCUGAUAAAAAUUCAGAUGGGAUUGAUGUUGAAGCUGAAAGUUCUUCAGAGAUUAAGUAUAAGACACCUAAACCCAAAGGAGAAGUAUAUUUCACAGAAACCUUUGAUAGUGGGAAGUUGGCUGGGUGGGUCUUAUCAAAAGCAAAGAAAGAUGAUACGGAUGAUGAGGUUUCUAUAUAUGAUGGACGGUGGGAAAUAGAAGAGCUGAAAGAAAACCAGGUACCUGGUGACAGAGGAUUGGUAAUGAAAUCUAGAGCAAAGCAUCAUGCAAUAGCGGCUGUAUUAGCAAAACCCUUCAAAUUUGCUGAUAAACCUUUGGUAGUUCAAUAUGAAGUAAAUUUUCAAGAUGGUAUUGAUUGUGGAGGUGCAUACAUUAAACUCCUAGCAGACACUGAUGAUUUGAUCCUGGAAAACUUUCAUGAUAAAACACCUUAUACCAUUAUGUUUGGACCAGAUAAAUGUGGAGAAGAUUAUAAACUUCAUUUUAUCUUCAGACAUAAACAUCCCAAAACUGGAGCUUUUGAGGAGAAACAUGCCAAACCUCCAAAUGUAGACCUUCAAAAGUUCUUUACAGACAGGAAGACUCAUCUUUAUACCCUUGUAAUGAACCCAAAUGACACAUUUGAAAUGUUAAUCGAUCAAAUAGUUGUAAACAAAGGAAAUCUUUUAGAAGACGUAGUUCCUCCUGUCAAUCCUCCCAGAGAAAUUGAUGAUCCUAAUGAUCAAAAGCCUGAUGAAUGGGAUGCAAGACUAAAGAUCCCUGAUCCUGCUGCCGUCAAACCGGAAGACUGGGAUGAAGAUGAACCUGCCCAAAUAGAAGACUCAAGUGCGGUCAAACCCAGUGGUUGGCUUGAUAAUGAACCAAAAUUUAUCCCAAAUCCUGAUGCUGAAAAACCUGGUGACUGGAAUGAAGAUAUAGAUGGAGAAUGGGAGGCACCUUAUAUCUCUAAUCCAGCAUGUCGGAUUGGCUGUGGUGAGUGGAAACCGCCUAUGAUAGAUAACCCCAAAUACAAAGGAAUAUGGAGACCACCAAUGAUCAAUAAUCCUAAUUACCAGGGAAUCUGGAGUCCACAAAAAAUUCCUAAUCCAGAUUAUUUUGAAGAUCAUCAUCCAUUUCUUCUGACUUCUUUCUAUGCCCUUGGUUUAGAGCUUUGGUCUAUGACCUCUGACAUCUACUUUGAUAAUUUUAUUAUCUGUUCAGAAAAAGGAGUAGCAGAUCGUUGGGCUGAAGAUAGCUGGAGAUGGAAAGUCGUGGUUGCAAAUGCUAAUGAGCCUGGUAUAUUCAAGCAGCUAAUGGAAGCUGCUGAAGAGCAGUGGUGGCUUUGGCUUCUCCUUGUGAUAGCAAGCCUUCCAGUAAUAUUAAUUACUUCAUUUGGCUGGCCAACAAAAGUAAAGAAAAAAUUUGAAGACACAGAGGGUAAAAAAAAGGCCAUAUGUGAACCACAAACCAAGGGAGCACUGGAGCAAGAAGUGAAGGAAGAAAAAGCAGCCCUAGAGAAGCCAGUGGCCUUGGAGGAGGAAAGCAAACAAAGUGAUGAUGGAAUUCUUGAAAAAGAAGAGGAAAGUGAACCUGAUCAAAAGAGUGAAGAAGAAGUUGAAGUCAUAGAAGGGCAAGAAGAGGAGAAUAAAUCCAAUAAGUCUGGGUCAGAGGACGAGAUGAAAGAAGCAGAUGAAAGCACAGGAUCCGGAGAUGGACCAAUGAAGUCACUACGCAAAAGAAGAGUACGAAAGGACUAAGCUAUAUUCAACUAUUUCAGUUCCUGAGAGAGAGAUUUGGCAUUUUUAAGUCCCUGUGCCAGAACUGACCGGGAAUCAAUCUACACAUCCUGUUUAUAAAUAUCUGCAAUGUUAGUCUUUCAGAUACAGUCUUUCUUUUCAGGGAAAUUACAUCAUCUUUGAAUUUGGAAUUUUUAAUAAAGUGGCAAGUUAUGUAUCAGAUUUAUGAGACUGAUAUUAUUAGAUAUUAUAGUUUUAAUAGUUUGAAGACAGUUUAGGUUUGUACCAAGCAAAAUGGUAUGUAGCAACCUCACUGCUGUUGGAAAAGUCAGUUACUGGAAUUUCCACUUAAAUAAUAUAACAAGAUAGGUGGUAGUUUUAUAAUAAAAAUGAGUGUGUUCUGUUGCACAGAGCUAAAUGCAAUAAACUUUCUUAUGGUUGUUUGAUUAUA